AUGGUGCGGGACCCUGAAAGCACCCGCCGCCGCGGCCCCACCCGACACGACGUCAAGCAGCUGCUCGAGAGCUCUUUCCCUCCGCCUCCAAGCUCUCAGCUAGAUGUAACUACACCAGACGACUUGCGACGCCCGUCGUCUGCCUACUGCCGACCCCAACACAAGCACCAACGGCCACCAUCUCACGAUCCCCCUUCCCAACCCAAACCACCAUCCCACCCGCCGCCCAUUCACUCACUCUGCAAGUCCGAAAAAAACCACCCAUCACGCCGCAGCCAUGGCAACACAAUACGAAGCCCACCAGUCGAGCACAACGUCCAGUUCGCAGAGACGCAGCCGCGCUCCCGCCGCGUAAACAUGGACUCGUUCUUCUCCCUGCUCAGCCGCGUCAGCGACUCGGGCACCGCCACCCCGCACAACAACCCGCACGCGACGCCCACGCUGCCCGACAUGGCCAACAUCUUCCGCCUCCUCCAGGACCAGAUGCAGACCCUGGCGAGCACCGCCCCGACCGCCGAGAACCGCACCUUCCUCAUGGACCUGGUCGACACGCUGGACGGGGACAUCCUCGACCCGCCCGACCGCCUGCGCGGCGUCGGCCAGGAGUUCCUCGACGCGCUGGACCGCGUGGGCCGCAAGACGCUGCGCGCCGACGACGACUGCGCCAUUUGCAAGAUCCCCUACCUCGAGGACCCGUACUGCCUUGUCGUGGAGCUGCCGUGCAAGGGCGCCCAUCGGUUUGACCUCGAGUGCGUCGGGCCGUGGCUCAGGAGCAAGGGCACGUGUCCCAUGUGCAGGGAGGAGAUGGGCAAGAAGAAAGUUGCUGCUGUGCAGGAGGGCGAUGACGAGGACGAGGACGACAUGGACAUGAUUUACGCGUAG